CUACUUCUCUUAACAUAAAAAAAACAUACAAUUAACAUCAACAUAUAUUAUUUUUUAUAAUAUACAAGAAGUUGUCAUGGCUCAUCAUUAUUUCAAUCCAGAUAUGCAAAUCAUUAUUCCACCAUCCUCUGUAUUUAACACUGACACAAAUUUGAAUUUUCAUAACCAAUUUCCAGAACAAAAUUACUUGAAUACCAUUUCACUGGAAAUGUCUAAUUUCAAUUUUCAUAAGCACUCUGAUGAACAUAUUUUGAACCAAACCUCUGACUUCCCUGUAUAUUUAACAGAAAAUUUCCAACAAGAUAUGUUCAACCUUCCAGUACCAACUAGAAAUGAUAUAAAUGAAAGCAAGAAAAGGAAAACAAUUGAAACCCCAGAAAGUAGCUCUGCUUACUCAUCCCCUGCAGUUUCUUCGAGAAGAAAAACCGGCAAAGGAAGAGGAAAGAGAGUAAAAAGGGAUGAAAAUGAAGAAGAGAAACUAAGGCAAGUAGUGCAUGUAAGAGCCAAGAGAGGCCAAGCAACUGAUAGUCACAGUUUAGCAGAAAGGGUUAGAAGAGGAAAAAUUAAUGAAAGACUUAGGUGUUUACAAGAUAUUGUUCCAGGAUGCUACAAGUCUAUGGGCAUGGCAGUAAUGCUGGAUGAAAUAAUUAACUAUGUGCAAUCUUUACAAAAUCAAGUUGAGUUCCUCUCAAUGAAGCUAUCUGCAGCUAGCACAUAUUAUGACUUCAAUUCAGAGACAGACAUUUUGGAGACAAUGCAGAGAGCAAAGGCAUAUGAAGCAAACAUGAUGCAGAAGCUAAAGAAAGAAGGAUGUGAAGGGAUGGGUUCUAAUCAAGUUGGCCCUUUAAUUGACCGCACUUUUGGCUGCUAUCCCAAGUUGUCUUACAACACCUAAAGAUUCAUUCAACUAUUUUUCCUUUUCUGUUCAGUAGUAUUAUACAUUUGUAAUUUUUGUACACAUGAAAAAUUGGACACAUAUCCAUGUAUCAAGUCUCAUAAUACAACCAAACAGACAUUUUUUUAAGCCUAA